AUGGCCCUCGGGUCCCUGAGGUCUCAUGGCCCUCAGGUCCCGCUGGGAUCAUGGCCCUCGGGUCCCGCUGGGAUCAUGGCCCUCAGGUCCCUGAGGUCUCAUGGCCCUCAGGUCCCGCUGGGAUCAUGGCCCUCAGGUCCCGCUGGGAUCAUGGCCCUCAGGUCCCUGAGGUCUCAUGGCCCUCAGGUGAGGGUAUCGAGCGGGGCGUGCGGCCUCUCCUGCCGCACCCCCCGCCUGUCCCGCCGCACCCCACGCCUGCGUCUCCUGCCGCACCCCACGCCUGCGUCUCCUGCCGCACCCCACGCCUGCGUCUCCUGCCGCACCCCACGCCUGCGUCUCCUGCCGCACCCCACGCCUGCGUCUCCUGCCGCACCCCACGCCUGCGUCUCCUGCCGCACCCCACGCCUGCGUCUCCUGCCGCACCCCACGCUGCGUCUCCUGCCGCACCCCACGCCUGCGUCUCCUGCCGCACCCCACGCCUGCGUCUCCUGCCGCACCCCACGCCUGCGUCUCCUGCCGCACCCCACGCCUGCGUCUCCUGCCGCACCCCACGCCUGCGUCUCCUGCCCACGCCUGCGUCUCCUGCCGCACCCCACGCCUGCGUCUCCUGCCGCACCCCACGCCUGCGUCUCCUGCCGCACCGCACGCCUGCGUCUCCUGCCGCACCCCACGCCUGCGUCUCCUGCCGCACCCCACGCCUGCGUCUCCUGCCGCACCACGCCUGCGUCUCCUGCCCACGCCUGCGUCUCCUGCCGCACCCCACGCCUGCGUCUCCUGCCGCACCCCACGCCUGCGUCUCCUGCCGCACCCCACGCCUGCGUCUCCUGCCGCACCCCACGCCUGCGUCUCCUGCCGCACCCCACGCCUGCGUCUCCUGCCGCACCCCACGCCUGCGUCUCCUGCCGCACCCCACGCCUGCGUCUCCUGCCGCACGCCUGCGUCUCCUGCCGCACCCCACGCCUGCGUCUCCUGCCGCACCCCACGCCUGCGUCUCCUGCCGCACCCCACGCCUGCGUCUCCUGCCGCACCCCACGCCUGCGUCUCCUGCCGCACCCCACGCCUGCGUCUCCUGCCGCACCCCACGCCUGCGUCUCCUGCCGCACCCCACGCCUGCGUCUCCUGCCGCACCCCACGCCUGCGUCUCCUGCCGCACCCCACGCCUGCGUCUCCUGCCGCACCCCACGCCUGCGUCUCCUGCCGCACCCCACGCACCCCACGCCUGCGUCUCCUGCCGCACCCCACGCCUGUCUCCUGCCGCACCCCACGCCUGAACUGACUCGUUUGGGCGAAUAUACAUUCUACAGGCUUAGCAAUGAUGCUUAG